CAAUCAGCUGGUUUUAGGAAAACACCACCACAGUUUACAUUUUGACGCAAAAGAAGUUGGAUCGUGGAGUGUUUGCUGGUGCUGAGCAAACAUCCUUGGCCAUUGAGGGCAGUGCCUAUGAAAUAAAUUCAAAUUAACACACCGGAAAGCCCCAAAAAGGCAAACACCGUUGAAUUUCCCCCUGAACAUAACCUACAAAAAAACAGGAAUUUACAUAAAUAAAAUAAAACAACAAAAAUGUUCUGCCCACUGUUGCUGGAUGCUGAAAAAUACAAUCCAGACACAUUGAAUUUGAGUGAUGAUGCCGCCGUGAGGGGAUAUUGGUUUCAGUGCUUCCGGGAUUUGGUGAAGAAGUUCACCAUUCAGGCUAGGAAAAGUGAGAAUGAGAGCGAUGAUGCCUGCAUGCGAUCUCAGAGAUUUCAGGAGGAUUUUCUCGAAAAGAUGAAUUCUCUUGGUGAGAGUACGGAAAAUGGUGAACCUAUAACAAUUCGAACAUUGUUGGAUUUGAAUGAGAUGUGCCUACGUCGACACGGCUUCUCAGACCCGUGGCGGGAUCAGAAGAUCCUGGAGAAUAAGACAGCUCUGCGUAUGCUACGACUACGCUUUGAGGAGGUGGAUAAACUCAGGGACAAUGAGAGGUGGAUUGAACUCGUACGAGGACUCCUGGCGGGAAAUAUGUUUGACUGGGGUGCUCAAGCUGUUUGCGAGAUCCUCGAGGGGAACAGCUCCUUUGGACUCAAUGAGGCUCUAAGCUACAUUCAACCACGCCCCUGGCUCAUCGAUGGGCUCGAUGAAUGGCUGGCAAGGUUGCAAAAACCUGCCCACAAAUGUGCAGCAAUUUUUGUGGAUAACAGUGGCUUUGACAUCAUCUUAGGGAUCCUCCCGUUCGCCCGGGAGCUGCUGCGGCGGAAGACAAAGGUGAUUCUCUGUGCCAAUUCGGAGCCUGCCCUUGCGGAUAUUACAUACAAUGAGCUGAAGGAAGUCAUGAGCAGCUGCUGUGAUGAGUGUAGUAUACUCCGGGAGGCAUAUGCCACAGAACGACUUCUCAUCCUGCCCAACGGUCAAUCGGGUCCCUGUCUCAACCUCAAGAGUCUCCCACCAGAGCUCUGUCAAGCAAUGACGUACCAUGAGACAGAUCUCCUGGUGGUUGAGGGUAUGGGACGUGCGCUACAUACGAAUUUGUAUGCAAAAUUCACGUGCGAUACGCUAAAAUUGGCCGUAGUGAAGAACAAAUGGUGGGCCAAUCGACUUGGUGGUGAUACAUUUUCGGUCAUUUGUAAAUUUGAGAGUGCAAUAUGACCAAAAAAUGCCUUUAACCAUCCGCAAUGACUCAAUACCUACCACUUGUGGCAUUUUUUUUUUUUAAUUUUAAUUUUCCUAAAUAGAGAAAAAUUAUUUUAAUGCAAGAAAAAACUACAAAAGAAGCAAUCAUUUUGGUUUAAUUUUUGCGUUUUAAUUUUCGGUGAAGAGAAAUAAAAUAUAUAUUAUACCGUGUCUUUUAAUAGAUAUGAGAUUUUUUAGAAUAAUAAAAAUGUUUAAAUUGAA